AUGGUGAGAGAUGUGUACCGUCUGGCCAAGGAAAACAGCCCAUCUAUUAUUUUCAUCGACGAAAUUGAUGCCAUUGCUACGAAACGUUUUGACGCUCAAACCGGUGCCGACAGAGAAGUACAACGUAUUCUGCUGGAACUUUUGAAUCAAAUGGACGGCUUUGAUCAAACCACCAAUGUCAAGGUAAUCAUGGCUACGAACAGACAAGACACAUUGGAUUCUGCUCUGCUUCGUCCUGGCCGUUUGGACAGAAAAAUCAAAUUCCCAACACCAGACCGUCGACAAAAGCGUCUUAUUUUCAGUGCCAUCACCGCCAAAAUGAAAUUGAGUGACGACGUGGACAUGGAAGACUUUGUUGCACGACCAGGCAAGAUUUCUGGAGCCGACAUCAAUUUUAUGUGUCAAGAAGCCGGUAUGCACGCUGUGAGAGAGAAUAGAUAUGUUGUACUGAACAAGGAUUUUGAUAAGGCCUACAAGAACGUUGUGAAGAAUGAUUUGAACGACUUUGGAUUCUACAGAUUUGCUAAUUCUAUAUAUUGUAACACAAAUGUAAAUUAA